UCGUCCCCGUCCUCGUGCUGAUUCACGUGCUGCGUUUUUGCGGAAUGUUUCGCACCUUUCCAAUGCUCCGGAACGUUUUCAAGCGGUGGAAAAGCGCAGAGAUAAGCCCUUUCGAGUAUAGUGUGAGUUGCGGCGACUUGGGGUGCUUAGUUUCGUCUCUUUCUCCCUCUCUUCGGGAGCACUGCCUGGGUCGCGCAACGAGUCUCUCAUGUUUACCUUCAAUUUGCGGUCAUUGCCGCAAUUGUGGGCCUCUGUCUGUCGAUCGUACGAUAUCGCAUCGCUAUCCACAUGCUCUACCUGGCAUCUUGAAUCAUUUCAGAGUCUAACCAGUAGUUCCUCCAUCUGUUCAUGGCUUACCUCAUACCUUCUGAAACCUUGCCCUCUACGGGCGCUCGUUUCUAUUCUACAUCUCUUCUUCCUUUCUUUCUACUUCAUUCUUCUCAUAUAUCGAAGGGUGGGCCGCAAACGACAUCACAAUACUUUUAGACAUAGAGUUGGCGCUUACUUCAGAGUGAUACAAAGUUGCUGCAUAUAUAUUUUCUGCAUAAAUCUUGGAGUUCUUGCAUUUUGGGUUGGAGAUGGACUCCGGAAUGGAUGGUCUGAUGUCCCCCUUGACAUCGUUGUGUCAGCGGGUGCCCAGAGUGUUGCAUGGGGUACAAUGUACAUGGCCACCGAAGAGGCGUGCAAAGAAAGGUGGAAAGUAUUUCCACCACUCUUACGACUGUGGUGGAUGGCAUCUUUCCUUCUUUCCACGCUCACACUCCUCUCUUCAAUCCUAUUUUUCAUGAGGAAGGGAACACAUCUAUGGGUUGCAGUGGUGGAGGUUGUCCUCUACCCUGCAGCUCUCUUUGUAGCGUGUGUUGGUCUUCGGGGCAGAUCCGGCGUGGAGGCAAUUCUUGAUGAACAGAUUGAAGAGCCCCUUUUGAAUGGAUCGCAAAAUGAAAGUCCUGAGGAGGUGCCUACCGAAUUAUAUCAGAGUGCGGGACUUUUGAGUUUGGCUUCAUUAAGUUGGUUGAACCCUCUCCUCAGAGUUGGGAGGAGAAAACCCUUGGAGCUUUCUGACAUGCCUCCGUUGCCCCCUGAAGACAGUACUGAGGCUGUGUAUGCAAAGUUCGAGUGCAGUUGGAAUGAUUUGAAGCAGAAAAAUCCUGAAGAGACACCGUCAAUUUUCUUGGCUCUAUUAAAGACGUUCCGGUUUGGCGUUGCUGUGAACGGAAUGUUUGCAUUUACCAACAUCGUGACCAGUUACGUUGGUCCUUUCUUGAUCAACGAUUUUGUUGAGUAUCUGAACGGGAGACGAAGGUUUAAACAUGAAGGCUUGACUCUGGUUCUGGUCUUCUCACUUGCGAAACUGAUUGAGAAUCUAACACAAAGGCAGUGGUAUUACGGUUGUCAGUUCCUUUGUUUGAAGGUCAGGGCAGCUUUAACAGUGGUCUUGUACCGGAAAGCGUUGCGGUUGUCCAACAUCGCACGACAGAGCCACACAAGUGGUGAAAUUAUUAACUACAUGUCGGUUGACGUUCAACGAGUGAUAGAUUUUGGCUGGUACAUGCAUCAAGUAUGGAUUUUGCCUGUAGAAGUGACACUCAGCCUUGGUAUCCUAUACAGAGUUGUAGGGAUGGCAUGGGUGGCGGCUUUAUUGGCUGCUAUCCUCACUCUUUUCCUGAACACUCCCUUAGAGAAAUUGCAAGAGAAGUACCAGGACGGCGUUAUGGAAGCAAAAGAUAAACGUAUGAAAGCCCUGGCGGAGUGCCUGCGUAACAUGCGCGUAUUAAAGCUUCAGGCAUGGGAGCAGAAUUUUCUUCUGAAAAUAGAGCAACUACGUCAAGGUGAAUACAACUGGUUGUUCAAGGAUUGCAUUGCCAGGGCUUUGGGCACUUACGUAUUCUGGUUGUCUCCCAUCGUGAUAUCGGUGGCGACGUUCGGUGCAUGUGUGCUAUUUCGCAUCCCUUUGACAUCUGGUCGGAUUCUGUCAGCCAUAGCUACUUUUCGGGUCCUUCAGGACGCCUUGAGUUCAUUCCCAGAGCUGGUAUCUGUUUACGCUCAGACCAGGGUAUCAUUGGAUCGGAUAUGGGUCUUUCUGCAAGAGGAGGAGCUACCCACUGAUUCGGUGAUUCAUGUGCCAGUGGAAGAGAGUGGAGAUACCGCUAUUGAAAUUGAAGGAGGCGAAUUCAAUUGGCACACUUCAAGCACAGAACUUCAGACAUUGAGAGGCAUUAACUUACAAGUUAAACGGGGAUCUCGUGUAGCAGUAUGCGGUACAGUGGGUUCUGGAAAAUCAAGUCUUCUAUUGUCUAUUCUGGGAGAAAUUCCAAAAUUAGACGGCAAAGUCAAAGUGAGUGGUACAACUGCCUAUGUACCACAGUCCGCAUGGAUUCAGACUGGCAAAGUUGUAGAUAAUAUUCGUUUUGGUAAACCCAUGAAUCGGAGUCGAUACGAAUCGAUAAUAGAUGCUUGUGCAUUGAGAAAGGACUUGGAGCUUUGGGCAUUUGGAGAUCAGACAGAAAUCGGAGAGCGUGGUAUCAAUAUGAGUGGGGGGCAAAAACAGCGAAUACAGCUUGCACGAGCUUUAUACCAAGAUUCUGAUAUAUAUCUUUUGGAUGAUCCAUUCAGUGCUGUUGAUGCCCACACGGGCUCCCAGCUUUUCCAGAAAUGUAUACUGGAAAUAUUGGCCGCUAAGACUGUGGUAUAUGUGACACAUCAAGUUGAAUUUCUACCUGCAGCAGAUCUCAUUUUGGUGUUCGACAAUGGUUCAAUUGUGCAAGCUGGAAAAUAUGAAGACUUGCUCCAGUCUGGCACUAAUUUUCAAAGCCUAGUGAAUGCACACAAUGAAGCAAUUGACGGAAUGGAAGCUCAUGAGCAACCAGAAGAUGAAGAAGUGAUACAAAUGAUGGACGCAGAGGUCGUCAACGUUGCUGGAUCGUUGUGUGCGGAUGGUCAGUUCCAGAAGCAGAGAAGUCUUCCAAAGUCCAAUUCAGUUGUACGGAGGCAAGCCAGUAAAAAGGGGGAUGAAUAUGAAGGAACUCAACGUCAACUCAUCGAAGAGGAAGAGCGGGAGACAGGUAGCAUAGGCUUUGGUGUUUACUGGACUUAUGCAAUCGCAGUCUGCAAGGGCGCCCCUGCUAUUGCGGUUAUAAUGUGUCAGUUUGGCUUCAUGCUUGUUCAACUUGGGAGCAAUUAUUGGAUGGCGUGGGCUGCACCAAGCACAGAGGGUGAUACAGGGAAGGCGAGCGGUACAAGGCUCAUACUUGUCUACACUGGAUUAUCAUUUGGAAGUUCAUUGUUUGUGUUAACACGCUCUGUGGUAGCCUCGUUGGCGGGAUUAUCUAUCGCCCAGACGUAUUUCCUCAGGAUGGUUCGGUGCAUCUUUCGGGCCCCAAUGUCCUUCUUUGAUUCGACGCCUGUGGGGCGCAUUCUUAAUCGAGUAUCCUCAGAUCAGAGCCAGUUGGACUUGGAGAUUCAGUAUUCGUUGAGCAGUUUAGUGGUGGUCAUCAUCCAACUUCUGGGAGUAGUGGCAGUGGUAUCAACAAUCAGUUGGAGAGUCCUGCUUUUCGUUCUUCCAGUUACCGCAUUGUGUUUAUGGAUGCACCGCUACUACGUCGUAUCGGCUAGAGAAGUUGCAAGGGUUAUGGGUGUGGAAAAAUCACCAAUAUUGAACCACUAUGGUGAAUCAAUCCCUGGUGCAGCAACGAUUCGCGGAUUUGGUCAAACACAGCGCUUCAUGGACACAAACAUGCAGCUUUGUGAUAAUUACGCGCGCCCCUGCUUUUUAAACUUCGCUUUGAUAGAAUGGUUAACCUUCCGACUGGAACUGCUGUGUACCAUCGUCUUCUCUUUCGCCCUAAUGAUCGUGUUAUUAUUACCAGCCAACGCCAUUGAUCCAAGUCUAACUGGUUUAGCUGUUACAUAUGGUUUGAACUUGAAUAUGCUCAUCGGAUGGUUUAUUUGGAACCUUUGCCAAGUAGAAACAAAGAUUAUCUCUGUUGAACGUAUACAACAAUACACCCGAAUUGAGAGUGAAGCUCCUUUGGUGAUUGAGGACAAGCGGCCGCCACCUUCAUGGCCCAGUCGGGGAACAGUGGAACUUAAACAAUUGCAGAUCCGGUAUAGUGAGCAUUCGCCACUGGUUCUACAUGGUAUCACGUGCACGUUCUAUGGGGGUAAGAAGAUUGGAGUAGUUGGUCGCACUGGCAGUGGCAAGUCGACUCUCAUCCAAGCCCUCUUCCGUAUGGUCGAGCCGGCAGGAGGCAAAAUCCUCGUUGAUGGCUUGGACGUGACAACUAUCGGAUUGCAAGAUUUACGGUCACGGUUGAGCAUCAUUCCCCAGGAUCCGACUCUUUUCGAAGGCACAAUUCGUUCGAAUCUUGAUCCUUUGAAUGAGCACACAGAUAUAGAAGUUUGGGAGGCACUCAAUAAAUCCCAGCUGGGAGAUGUUGUGCAUGCCAAGGACGGAAAGCUUGACGCCACAGUUGGGGAGAACGCUGACAACUGGAGUGUCGGUCAAAGACAGCUGGUUGCCCUGGGACGGGCAAUACUGAAGAGAACUCGGAUACUCGUCUUGGAUGAGGCAACUGCUUCAGUUGACAGUGCUACUGAUAAUGUCAUUCAACGCACCUUGCGUACAGAAUUCAGAGACUGCACUGUCGUGACCAUUGCGCAUCGUAUCCCAACUGUUGUUGACAGCGACAGAGUGUUGGUCCUCAGUGAUGGACGAAUUGCGGAGUUUGAUGUACCGGUGAUGUUGCUGGAGAAUAAGAACUCUCUCUUCGCAAAAUUGGUGGCUGAAUACUCAGUGCGAUCCACGAAGUAGCUAUCUUAGGUUAUUUUUACAUCCGCAUUUGAUAUUCCCAGUUCAGAAGCUUUUAGUUACAAGUGCAGAAGAUUUCACUUGUGAACAAAAGCUUGAAUGAUCUUUAGGAACCAAUUUGCCAUGGUUCAUUACUCUACACGCUAUAUGUAAGCUUUUUUCAGGUGCUUGCACUGUUUGUGAUUUGUACAUUGAGAUUUGUGGUAUGGAGUAUUACUUUGGUAUUCAAAGUACAGAUAUUCUGUGCUGUGCAUAAUAUAUCUGUUAACAAAAUACAAGUGUAAUACAUUUAUUUUGC